AUGAAAUCGGAAGGACAAUCCCUCAGUCUUCUUGAUGCCAGCAUCUCAGAGCUGCAAGACGCUCUUACUUUGGGAUGGACCACAAGCGUUGCGCUAGUAGCACGAUAUCUGCGGCGGAUUAGUUUGUAUGAUGCUGCUGGUCUCACGCUCAGUGCCGUACCCAUCCUGAACCCGUCUGUUCUCGAUGAAGCCGAGGCAUCGGAUGCGCGGAGAGCUGCAGGCCUCCCCGCCAGGCCACUGGAAGGCAUUCCCUGCCUCGUCAAGGACAGCAUCAAAGUAAAGGGAAUGACGGUUGCCUCGGGCUCUCCAGCGUUUGAGGGUCUUGUUGCUACAGAUGAUGCCGCUUGCGUCCUGAUGCUCCGGGAGGCCGGGGCGGUGCGUCUCGGGAGAACGAACAUGCCCGCUAUGGCGUAUGGUGCUUACGGAUCUGGGUCUUCGAAUGGUUCUGCCACGGCUGCCACGGCGAACUUUUGCACCUUCAGUUUAGGCACGGAAACUGCAUCCUCAGGGAGAUCCCCUGCAUCAAACAAUUCCAUCAUUGCAUAUACGCCAUCAAAAGGAUUAUUGCCUCUCCGUGGAGUAUGGGCCUUGUAUCCGACCUGCGAUAAUCCAGAAGGAGACUUUUGGAACGAGCAAAAGUUGAUCCCCCUGCCGUCAGUCAGUGCUAUCCGCCCACAGCAGUUCAAAGAGCUAGAAGACCAGUCCUCUUUACGCAGCAAACGUGUGGGCAUACCUUCAAUGUACAUCCACUCGACAGACCCUCUCCCAGUGAAAGUGAGCACACGACCUUCCAUCAUCAAGCUUUGGGAAUCGGCCAAGCUCGCCUUAGAGUCCUGCGGUACUACAGUUGUUGAGGUCGACUUCCCUCUUAUUUCCACUUAUGAAGCCAAUGUUCAGAAUGGGCGAUUAGCGAGCGUCAAAGACCUACCAGAAGACUGGCCAGCGAAAGAGCGAUGCGACGUAGUUGCACAUGCAUGGGAUGACUUUCUAGUUGCCAAUGGUCAACCCGGCCUAGACUCUGUGUUCUUGUCUCCAGGCUCCCUUCGCGGAGCACCAUUGCCAGCGAAUCAACUGCGAUGGACAGAGAUGGUCGAAUAUCCGAAAACCAAGUCCGGUUCUAUCUUCGAUAUUCAAGGAUUGGAACAAGCUUUGAAAGCACUCGAGAAUGCCCGAAAGGAAACACUGGAAGACUGGAUGGAUAAAGAAGGUCUGGAUGUGAUAGUUUUCCCUGCAAACGGUGACGUUGGACGCACAAACGCAGAUGUAGACGACGAAUCUUCUCAAUUUGCUUGGAAGAAUGGGGUCAAGUAUUCGAACGGAAACCAAGCCAUCCGCCAUCUGGGUGUUCCUACCGUCUCUGUGCCUAUGGGGCUCAUGGAAGACACAAAAAUGCCAGUGAAUCUGACUUUCGCAGGAAAAGCAUACGAAGACAAUACGCUUCUCAAAUAUGCUUAUGCCUUCGAGCAAGCAACAAAGAAGCGCUCAUUACCGCCCCUUGUGCCUGAGCUUGAUUCUGAUGACAUUCUCAAAGCUGUUGGGACACGUACGGCAGAAGCAACACAAAUUCAAGUGCAAAACCAGUCUAAAAAGAUCCUGGGGGAGACUGUUAGGAUUGACGCUCAUGGAACUUGGAAUAUAACCCAAAACGACGAGCUGAAGCAAUUCAACUGCUCUGUUAAUGGCAACCCUGUUGAGGUGGUAAUGGAUGGGAGUCAAUGGAGUUUGACAACUGCAUAUCCCGUGUCUCCUCGUGACAACACAUGGUCUCGGUGGACCAGGCCUGCUGCGUACCAGCUUAUAAUUAUCUUGGUGGCUCGAUCCAGUGCCGGUCAUGCAGUUGGAAAGCUUCUAUUGCUUUAAGUAAUUCCCAGGAAUCUAUUUGAACUCCGCAAUGGAAUGGAUAGCAUCAUGGUUGAGAGAGCAUUUGCAGGAAAAUAGCAUCAUCGAACUCAUACAUCAUAGCUCAGGACGAGAAAGAAAGAAGAAAAAAACCC